AUGCACACAUUGACUUCGAAAAUCUCCAAAAAUUCUAGAGCUUCCCCUGAAUUUUUGAGGCUUCCUUAUGUACCUCCUUACUAUGGAUCUCAAAAUGGAAGCUUUGAGAAAGGAGUUAAUUUCGCGGUAGCAGGAGCAACCGCAUUGGAACAUGCCUUUCUUAAGAGCAAAGGAAUUCAUUAUGCUUACAAGCUUCAAGGAGAGUUUGCCAAAUCUAUGUGGUUCUCGUGCAGAGAGAUGAUUGGCAAUGCUUUGAUUAUCGUUGGAGUGAUUGGAGGGAAUGAUUAUAACUAUGCGUCUUUCGUUGGAAAAGGCAUCGAAGAGACGAAAGAGCUGGUUCCUCUAGUGAUCAGCACUAUUUCUUCUACAAUUACGGUAAACAUUUUCUCUUGGAAACUCCAGUUUUUGGACUAUUAUGAUCCUUUAACAAGAUAUUUGAAAUGGCUAAACGAGUUUAGACAACAUCACAACAAGGAGCUUCAAGCAGAAUUCAACAGACUCCAGAAACUCUACCCUCAUGUAGCCAUCUUAUACGCUGACUACUACAAUGCCGCGUUACAAAUUUUUCAAGAACCGGCCAAAUUCGGGUUCAUAAACCGACCCUUGUCCGCUUGUUGUGGAUCAGGAGGUAUGUACAUUUACAAUAGUGUUAGUCCAUGUGGGACUAAAGGAGUGGAUUGUUGUCUUGAUCCUUCAAAGUAUGUACAUUGGGACGGUAAUCAUUUGACUGAGUAUGUGUAUCGACGGAUCGCUGUGGGAUUACUUGAGGGACCCUAUACGGUUCCUGCUUUCGAUUGGUCGUGUCUCGGCUUUGAACUUGAGAACAGAUCAUUAGAUGGACAGUAUGCUUUUAGCAGUAGGUGA